AUGUGUUUCACAGAUCGGGCUUCUCCCAUGUUAAGUUGUUGCAAAAAGACACGAAAGACAGUCACCAGAGAUGAAGAAGGACGCGGAGAUUUGUGUCUUUGUUUGGAUAUAAUAGUGGAGAUACUCAAGAAACUCCCGGCAAAGUCACUUGUGAGGUUCCGAAGCGUCUCCAAGCAAUGGUCAACCAUUAUCGGCAGCCGCAGAGACUUCAUAGAGUCUAUCGUCGCUCGCUCUCUCAGACAGCCUCCCCUGGAGCUUCCCAUCUUCAUCUUCCACCAUUGUGUGCCUGAAACGUUCUUCACUGUUUCCCCUGUUUUCUCUCCGACCCCCACCGACCAUGUAGUAACUAUCCCUCGACCAAGUCCACGGAACUCCUUCCACUAUCAGUACUCCCGAGGCUUGAUCUGUUGCUCUUCUUCAGAAUCUCAUUUGGUUACCAUAUACAACCCUACUACCAGGCAGCUUUUUCCCUUACCCGAGAUCCAAGCCCCUGCAACACGGUCCGAAUUGAGUUCCUGCUUCUUUGGCUACGACCCUAUCACGAAUCAAUACAAAGUCUUGUCCAUUGUCGUUGUCAACGAUGACGAGCAAAGUUAUCAUGUUUUCACAUUAGGGUGUCAACAGUCUUGGAGGAAAGUCAAAGGCAUUGAUGAAGAAUCCUUUCCAAACGAUUACAGUGUAUGCAUUGACGGGACUAUCUACUACAACGCAAAGAGAGGUGUUGAGACUAUGUUGCUGAGUUUCGAUAUUAGGUCCGAAAGAUUUGAUCGAUCGCGUCUUGUUUCCAGAAGGAUUGUUGACUCCUAUGUUUAA